UUAGCGAAUCCGACAGAAAUCACCGCAGCGGAAGUAUCGAAAGAGAGCACUUAGCCAGAGAAAAAGAGUGGUCGACCGAAAACCUGUUGAGCUGCGCCAGCAGAGAAAAAAGUAAAAGUGGGUAGACGAAAAGACGAAAAUAUUUACCUUUGUUCGCGAACUGCAAUGUAUUUUAACGCGCAACUUUGCAAUUGAUGACCAUUGAAGCGGAAAACACAAUAAUCAAGGGUUUUUAAGUUGCCGAAAGAUCGAAGACACAAAGACUUCAGCAACAAACUUGGUUUCCAGUUGUUUUUUGCCAUGGCUAAAUUGGAUCGCUGACGACACACGACACCUUAAAACAUGAUUCAGCUACGCCUGCGCAAUCUUGUUCUGCUGCACUUAUUGGCCGUGGCCAGUUCGGAAUAUGUGUACGGCGAACCAGAAUUCAAGUGUCCCAAAAAAUCCAAGGCUUUGUACCCCUGCGAAUGUGUAAAGGGCAGCGACAGUGGGCUCUAUGUGCGUUGCGAGAAUACCAAUUUGGCCACGCUGUCGGUGGCUCUUCAGAACUUGGCCUCCUUUGAGCUGCUCGAGGAGUUGACCAUAUAUAGGGGUCAUAUUGCUCGCCUCUAUGGUCCUCUGUUUGCCAAUAUCAAGGCACGUUUGCUGAUUAUAGAAGAGACGCCGGUGACCACAAUUGAGGAUUAUGUCUUUUAUGGCGUCAACAACACCUUGGAGCAGCUACAUCUGCUGCGCACGAAUCUUAGUCAUGUGGGACAACUGGGAUUUGGCAUUCUUGGCAAGACCACACAACUGGUAAUCGAUGGCCAUGCCUUGGAGCAGCUGCCCAAGGAUCUCUUUGCUGGCCAAGAGAUCACCAAUAGUCUGGGCAUCAUGCGGCUGACCAAUGGAAUACUGAAUGAUCUGCCAAUAGAGACCUUUCAGCCUUCGAAACUCAAAACCCUCGAUUUGCACGGAAAUCCUGAGAACCUCAAACGAAAUCAGUUCAAGAACCUAAGGGAGUUGGAGUUGCUUGAUAUAAGUCACAACAAGAUCAAGAAGCUGGAGGCGCAGCAUAUAUCCGAUCUCACAAAACUGGGCUGGUGCAAUGUCUCUCACAAUGCGUUGAGCGAGCUCAGUCGCGGCACUUUUGCCCGGAACUCGGUGCUAAAGGUGCUUAACUUGUCACAUAAUAAUAUUGCGAAAUUGGAUGCAAAUAGCUUUAGGGGAAUGCGAUUUCUGCGGCGACUCUUUCUCAGCGAUAAUGCCCUUACGGAUAUUGGUCGAGGGACCUUUGGCUCGGUGGCUCGCAUUGGAACGAUCGAUUUGGCUCGUAAUAAAUUGACGAAAGUAGAGUUCCAGAUGUUUACCCAAAUGAACUACGUGGAG